UUUUGGACAGCCAGGGGUCCGACCCCUCAAAACGCCGAAAUCCCGCCUAUAAAUGCCUAACGAAUCUCCAUUUUUUCCGGAGAAGAAAAGUCAUUGAACGCCGCUUGCGUCUUAAAUCCAAAAACCCCUUCUAUUUAUUUUCACAAACAAAAUCAACGCUACUAUUACUAUGUGUCCAACCGGAACUUCCCAAUCCCUAUGGCCGGCGAGGAAUAUCUCCGACCUACGCUCUGCAUUUGAGGUCCUCGACACCGAUCAUGACGGAAAGAUCAGCCGUGAAGAUCUCAAAACAUCUUAUGCAGACGCCGACGACGAAGUCAUCGCCACGAUGAUGACGGUUGCUGAUUCUAACAAGGACGGUUACGUUGAGUACGAUGAGUUUGAGAAAGUGUUGAGAAGUGAUUACAGCGGCAGCGGCAGCGGCAGCGUGAUGGCGGAUGUGUUUAAGUCUAUGGACAGAGACGGCGACGGAAAGGUAGGGUAUGGAGAUCUUACGAGUUAUCUCAGUUCGGCGGGAUUUGAGGUUAAUGACGAUGAAAUCAAAGCGAUGCUUGGAUUGGGCGGAGUAGACGGUGGUGCCGACGGUGUAACGUUCGACGAAUUUCUAAAGAUAUUGUCGGUUUGAUAAAUUCUAUUGAUAAAGAUGUCUAUGGUGCCUAUUUUCUUUGUAAAUCAAAUUGAAACUAGACGAAUUUUAAUGUGGUAAAGCUGAAAUUAUCAAUUGAAAUUGAUUUUUUUUUUCAA